AUGGCUCGUCUCGAAUCCCGCAACCAUAUUUCCGCCGACUCGGGGUUCCCCAUUACCCUCCAUCCGCAUUUCAACGACAAAAUCAAGAAUCAUAUUCCCCCGGAGCCACUCCGCGAGACAUUUAUUCCGCCUAAAGACCGGGCCCUUUUCGCCGAUCCAGAGAAGAAGGCAUUGUUUUCUGUCGCUAGGCGGGUUGACUUGACGGAGUCUAUUGGGACUGUUCUCGAGAAUGUUCAAUUAUUCCAGCUCAAUGAGACUCAGCUAGAUGAGUUGGCUUUGCUUGUUAAUGAACGGGGAGUUGUGUUUUUCCGGGAUCAAGAUCUUACUACUGAGAAGCAGGUUAAAUUGUUCGAACACUAUGGCAUCUUGGAUAGACAUCCAGCUCAGAAAUUCGUGAAUAUCAACGGCAGCCGCGAAGACCAUCGCGAAAUUCUCAACUACACGCCUUGGCCAAGCGGAGACUUCCACGCCGAUACAUCUUUCGAAAUCAAUCCACCAUCCUACUCGCUCCUAAGAAUGGAAGAACACCCCGAAGUCGGUGGCGACACAGCCUGGGUCUCCCAAUAUGGUCUCUAUGAUGCCUUAAGCAACGCAUAUAAACGCUUCCUCGAUGGUCUUCAUGCCGUGCACACAUCACGACUGCAAUAUGACACUAUCAUCGAUCUAUGGGGUACCGGUCCCAACCGUCCUCCUAUUGAUACCCACCACCCAGCAGUGCGCACGCACCCAGUCACGAAGCUCAAAGCACUCAAUAUCAACCCUGGAUUUGUGACUGGAUUUGCGGAACUCAAGAAAGUUGAAUCUGACAAGGUUCUGGAUUUCUUGGCAUAUCAUAUCCACUCCGGUGACGACCAUUACGUUCGGUGGAAGUGGGCCGUUGGCAGUGUUGCUAUGUGGGACAAUCGGUGUACGCUCCAUCGAGUUAUACCCGGUAGCUACAAGGGGCCUAGAAGGGGUAUUCGGACGACUGUUUUCGGGGAGAAACCUUAUUUUGAUCCCGCUAGCGAGAGUCGUGCGGAGCGAAAGGCACGCGAAGAAAGGGAGGGCGAUGAAGGGGUUAUUCUAGUUUGA